GCUUACCAUGGGAUGACACGCGUCCAAUUAUUGGCGGAACCUCCUUCCCAGGCAGUACCGUUCUUUCCCUCAACCUUCUUCUUCGCCGAAGGAAACUAAUUUUAUUUGGAUCUUCACGCUGAAAGGAAACUACUGAUUCUGCCCUGAUUCCUCGCUGCGAUGGAUUUUCACGGAAGGAAAGAAAUCCCAGUUCUUUCCCUUUUAAUCUCUGAAACUAUUGUUUUUUUUUAAAUUAAUUAUAUUUUCCUUCCACAUUUCUGAAGGGGAGUACUAUCCAUGCAACAGUCCGGAAAAGUUUGGUUGGAACUUUUGAGAGACGAAUCAAGGAGGGUUCGGUGUACAUCUUCGCCUAUUUUGGCAUAGGCAUCAGCAGUGGCUAUUAUCGCACCUCGAAACAUGAGUACAUACUUAAUUUCCAACCACGAACUAUUGUUACCGAAGGUACUUCCGGCAAAAUUCCAGUGCAUUGACUUAGGUUGAGUACUUUUGCUGAUAUUUUGCAAGCAGACACGAGCUACCCUUACUUAGUUGACACUAUGAGCAUCCUUACAGCUGUGGGCAAGCAAAGGGAGAGCAUCCUUACAGCUGUGGGCAAGCAAAGGGAGAUAGUAAAGGAGUCCAAAAGGACAAAUAUGAUUGUGAUCAAGUUAGAAGCAGAAGGGAUGCCAUUGGAUAUCACACUAUUUGGGGAAUAUGUUGAGAACUUUAAAAGCUUCUUCGAACAACAACCAUUGGAACAUCCCAUAAUCGUCAUACAGUAUGCGAAAGUGAAACUGUUUCAGGGAAAUACAAUUUUACAGAAUGUCACGUACAGAACGCGCCUCCUAUUAAAUUCAGAGAUAGAACAAGUGAUUGCAUUUAGACAGAGGUCUCUUAGCGUGACAUCUCAACGUCAGCCCAUUAUGUUGUGUGAUGACAUUUCAAAUGUGCAACAUAGUGAAUUCCUAGAUCCUAAUAGGACGAGGGUGAUAACGACACUGAAGAAUACAACUGAGGAUGAUUCCUAUGUAGUGUAUCCCACUGUUGAGGCGGUUAACAGUGGUGGGGAUUAGUUUUAUUUAGAUUGCAAGUGUAAUAGAGCUGUGAGAGCGGAUGGUACCAUGUACUAUUGCAUGCACUGUGCAUGUCGUGUUUUGAAUGUCACCCCAAGUAAGAUGGAAGUACUGAAAAUCCAGCGGAGUUUGAUCCAGAUUGAUGUGACGCUCAGACUUUCGACUGGAGAGAAAUUAUCGCAGCAUACCUUCUCCGUAGGAGAGGCAUCAUUGUGUGUAAAGAAUCAAAGGCAGUGAAGACUUCAGGAACAAGACAGGCUGUUAUGCCAUACCCAUGUUGAGACCAUACCAAUAUUCAGAAAGAAAACAGCCUAUUAGUUGAGAGAAUGGCAGCUAUGAAUCUGAUUCCAGAGUAUGUGUGCACAUCUAGGAUUAUUUGUAGGUUAUAUUGCAUUAGGAUUUGGGUUAUCAACUACAAUGACUGACUGGUGAUUUAGUUGUUUCGAUUUAAUAUGUUUUAUAGGGGCCGGGAUAUAGACUAUCCAUUGUAACAAAUGGAAUUUGAUUGAAGCUUUUGGAGAAUCUAAGGAUAAUCGCUUGGAACAAGAUGUGGAUGUUAUCACCGAGACUACUAUCAACAAAAGAAUGAAAGACGUGGAACAUUAUCAUGUAGGUGGGGGUGAGUCGAGCAAGAAGAUGAAGAACAUCAAAAUAGAGAAAGACUAAAGACUAGAUAUUUUAUUUUAGAGUUUCAACGGAUCCUAUCUUGAUUUGAUAAGUUUUUACGGAGUAUUUAAGAUUGACCGCUAGACAAGCUAUGAUUUAUAAGUGUUUGAUUUUUUAUGAUUUACUUUAUAAUUUAAACGCGUUUAAACACUUUGAGGCUUCCAUUCCAGCCACUUAUAUCCAUAU